AUGAAUGAAGAAAUCGACAAAUCAGCUGCUGGUUUCCGACACUGUGACGGCUUCAGGCAUCUCGCGAGCGAUCAAUUUUUGCAACUCGAACUGGCACCAUUACUCAACAGGAUCAUCUCACCUCCUCUGCGCCCAGUCAACGGUCAGGUCAUCCACCCACACGAGUGGGCGAUACUGAGCCGGCUGAUUGAUAUCAUGGUAGCUCUGGAGCUUCGCUUCAUGCAAGAGAACGCAGAAGACCGCCAGCUCAUCUACAGACUGGACCCCCCGAUAGACGUGUUCGUGUUCGUCACCUAUGACGGCGAACAAGCUACUGACAUCUCCGUCUUGCAUUAUGCUUUCAGACACUUGGUUGUGGCAGAGAUUGAUGCACAGCUCGCCUCGCGACAACUGGACAUAAUCGAGAAUAAACCGAGUAAAGCAGAUUUAUUCAGCAGAUGA